UGUGGAGAUAUAUACUUCUAUAACACGAGAACACAAAAGAGAACAUCAAGAGAUCCUAGAUUGAAUCCUGAACCACAGAGUCCAGAUCAUAUGAAUUUAGACCUUCAACUGAAUUUACCAUGUGGAUCAUCAGAGAACAACCAAGUAGUUGACAACUUCACUAAACGUAAUGCUGUUAGCGAUUCAAGUUACUCCGGUCGUGAUACCAAGAUCAAAAGGAAUGGUAUCACUCGUUCUCUGUCGUGGUUGACGUUUGAUGGUGAUCAACAAGAGAUGUUCACUGCAGUUUGCAAGAAGUGUCAUAUGUUGGUGAUGAUGUGCAGAUCUUCAUCAUCAUGUCCAAACUGCAAAUUUAUCAACCCGGCGCCUCACCUGAGCACUCCUAUAUUCCUUGUUCAACAGAAGGUUAAGCCUCUCAUGUCUAAUAAAAGAAGUGUUCUAGUUACCAAAGAUUGA